AUGGUCCAUUGUAACCGUCGUAGAGACUACAAACUGUUUUAUGUGAAGAAAAUUGGUCGUGCACAUAGUUGUCUCGGAGGAGGCAUAGGAGAGAAGGGACAUCCACGGGCAUCUCGCAAGUGGGUUGCAAAUAUUGUGAAAUCCAUACUAAAAGAACAACCCACCUAUCGUGCAAUUGAUCUUAAAAAGAAGCUUCUAAGAGAGUUUGGUGUUGAUAUCCCCUAUGGAACAGCUUGGUGUGGGAAAGAGCUUGCUCAACAGGAGUUAUAUGGGUAUGCAAAACAUUCAUAUGAACAACUUAGAUGGUACAUGGAUAAAGUUAUGGAAACUAACCCAGGAUCAAUCAUCCAUCUAGAAUACGAAGGUGGCAGUUUUACUAGAUUUUUUAUCUCAUAUUAUGCUUGUUGGAAGGGUUUUGUCGAUGGAUGUAGACCAAUUCUAUUCUUAGAUGACACCCAUCUUUUUGAUAGGUACAAAGGAACUCUACUUGUUGCUACUGCUUUGAAUGGAGAUGGAGGAAUGUUUCAUGUCGCUCUCUGCAUUUGUGGAACUGAUAAUGAGAAUGAUCCAUAUACUCCAAAUGAUGAGCUGGUUAUAAUCUCUGAUCGAGACAAAGGACUUCAAAAUUCCGUCAAGAAUUGCUUCCCAUGUUCAUGUCAUAGUUAUUGCAUCCGCCAUUUAAUAGCCAAUUAUAAGAACAACUUGUCAAAGAAAGGGUUAUCAACACCACUUAGGGAUGACUGUGUUCAUAUUAUGAAGAGAGCUGCCUAUGCCUACACAAUGCAUGCUUAUCAUAAUGAAUGUAACGAGCUCAAGAAUAAGUCAGCUAUUGCUUUCAAUGAAAUGCUGAAUAUGAGCCCACAGAACUGGGCUAAUUAUUAUUUUCCUGGAACGAGAUCACCAUUUUUACAUAUUUUUGGUCUUUGUGACUGA